AUGUGUGUCUGCCAUAUAACGCGCUGGCUUGUUGUCAUCUGGCUCAUCGUGUCCCUGGUCCAUCUGCAGGCCAAUGCUCUCCUCCAGUACUCCGCUGCUGAACUUUUAAAACUUCGGCACCACGUCCCCGCUCCUCUUCAGCCACCGGAGCGCGGACAUGACAUCCCCCCGGGCAUCGCCUUCCAGCCCCGGCGGCGGUACGUUCACCGUGGAUCACGCCGUAAGCUCCAAUACAAGGACUCCCAUUCAAUAAAGUCCCUCUGGUCCACCACUCGCCGCUGCUCCCGCACCGCUGGUUGGGACGCUGACAGUGUCCUGGUCAGCGUGGCCCGAUCGGCUCAGCCCGCGGCAGCCAAGAACAGCUCCACCACCGUCAGCUUCGGUCUCCUCAACGUGCGCUCCCUCAACACCAAGGGCCAUCUGGUCCGGGAUGUCCUCGUCGACCCUGCGCUCGUCUGUCAGCAGCUUGUGUCCUUUCUGGCAGCUGCAUUCGAAGGAGCCGACCGUGUUCCGACAGAAGUGGUCACAGCCGCCGUUGAUCUCCAGGCACUCGUCGAUAGGACAGCCGUGGUGGUGGACAAAGGGCAGAGGACAGCCGUGGUGGUGGACAAAGGGCAGAGGACAGCCGUGGUGGUGGACAAAGGGCAGAGGACAGCCGUGGUGGUGGACAAAGGGCAGAGGACAGCCGUGGUGGUGGACAAAGGACAGAGGACAGCCGUGGUGGUGGACAAAGGGCAGAGGACAGCCGUGGUGGUGGACAAAGGGCAGAGGACAGCCGUGGUGGUGGACAAAGGGCAGAGGACAGCCGUGGUGGUGGACAAAGGGCAGAGGACAGCCGUGGUGGUGGACAAAGGGCAGAGGACAGCCGUGGUGGUGGACAAAGGGCAGAGGACAGCCGUGGUGGUAGACAAAGGGCAGAGGACAGCCGUGGUGGUGGACAAAGGGCAGAGGACAGCCGUGGUGGUGGACAAAGGGCAGAGGACAGCCGUGGUGGUGGACAAAGGGCAGAGGACAGCCGUGGUGGUGGACAAAGGGCAGAGGACAGCCGUGGUGGUGGACAAAGGGCAGAGGACAGCCGUGGUGGUGGACAAAGGACAGAGGACAGCCGUGGUGGUGGACAAAGGGCAGAGGACAGCCGUGGUGGUGGACAAAGGGCAGAGGACAGCCGUGGUGGUGGACAAAGGGCAGAGGACAGCCGUGGUGGUGGACAAAGGGCAGAGGACAGCCGUGGUGGUGGACAAAGGGCAGAGGACAGCCGUGGUGGUGGACAAAGGGCAGAGGACAGCCGUGGUGGUGGACAAAGGACAGAGGACAGCCGUGGUGGUGGACAAAGGGCAGAGGACAGCCGUGGUGGUGGACAAAGGGCAGAGGACAGCCGUGGUGGUGGACAAAGGGCAGAGGACAGCCGUGGUGGUGGACAAAGGGCAGAGGACAGCCGUGGUGGUGGACAAAGGACAGAGGACAGCCGUGGUGGUGGACAAAGGGCAGAGGACAGCCGUGGUGGUGGACGUGGCAAUUCCAAGCGAUGUAUACCGCAGUAUCUCAGUAUACCGCAGUAUCUCAGUAUACAACAGUAUCUCAGUAUACCACAGUAUCUCAGUAUACUACAGUAUCUCAGUAUACCACAGUAUCUCAGUAUACCACAGUAUCUCAGUAUACAACAGUAUCUCAGUAUACAACAGUAUCUCAGUAUACCACAGUAUCUCAGUAUACUACAGUAUCUCAGUAUACCACAGUAUCUCAGUAUACCGCAGUAUCUCAGUAUACCACAGUAUCUCAGUAUACCACAGUAUCUCAGUAUACCACAGUAUCUCAGUAUACCGCAGUAUCUCAGUAUACUACAGUAUCUCGGUAUACCACAGUAUCUCAGUAUACCGCAGUAUCUCAGUAUACUACAGUAUCUCGGUAUACCACAGUAUCUCAGUAUACCACAGUAUCUCAGUAUACUACAGUAUCUCGGUAUACCGCAGUAUCUCAGUAUACCACAGUAUCUCAGUAUACUACAGUAUCUCGGUAUACCGCAGUAUCUCAGUAUACCACAGUAUCUCGGUAUACCACAGUAUCUCAGUAUACUACAGUAUCUCGGUAUACCGCAGUAUCUCAGUAUACCACAGUAUCUCGGUAUACCACAGUAUCUCAGUAUACUACAGUAUCUCAGUAUACUACAGUAUCUCAGUAUACCGCAGUAUCUCAGUAUACCACAGUAUCUCAGUAUACCACAGUAUCUCAGUAUACCACAGUAUCUCGGUAUACCACAGUAUCUCAGUAUACUACAGUAUCUCAGUAUACUACAGUAUCUCAGUAUACCGCAGUAUCUCAGUAUACCACAGUAUCUCAGUAUACCGCAGUAUCUCAGUAUACUACAGUAUCUCGGUAUACCACAGUAUCUCAGUAUACCGCAGUAUCUCAGUAUACUACAGUAUCUCGGUAUACCACAGUAUCUCAGUAUACCACAGUAUCUCAGUAUACUACAGUAUCUCGGUAUACCGCAGUAUCUCAGUAUACCACAGUAUCUCAGUAUACUACAGUAUCUCGGUAUACCGCAGUAUCUCAGUAUACCACAGUAUCUCGGUAUACCACAGGAGCCAGUGUAAGGCCUUCAAGACAGGGGUAAUGUGGGCUCUCCUGUGGGUGCUCUCUCCUGUGGGUGCUCUCCUGUGGGUGUGCUCCUGUGGGUGCUCUCCUGUGGGUGCUCUCCUGUGGGUGCUCUCCUGUGGGUGCUCUCUCCUGUGGGUGCUCUCCUGUGGGUGCUCUCUCCUGUGGGUGCUCUCCUGUGGUAGCUCUCCUGUGGGUGCUCUCCUGUGGGUGCUCUCCUGUGGGUGCUCUCUCCUGUGGGUGCUCUCCUGUGGGUGCUCUCCUGUGGGUGCUCUCCUGUGGGUGCUCUCUCCUGUGGGUGCUCUCUCCUGUGGGUGCUCUCUCCUGUGGGUGCUCUCCUGUGGUAGCUCUCCUGUGGAUGCUCUCCUGUGGGUGCUCUCCUGUGGAUGCUCUCCUGUGGGUGCUCUCCUGUGGGUGCUCUCCUGUGGGUGCUCUCCUGUGGGUGCUCUCUCCUGUGGGUGCUCUCUCCUGUGGGUGCUCUCUCCUGCGGGUGCUCUCCUGUGGGUGCUCUCCUGUGGGUGCUCUCCUGUGGGUGCUCUCCUACAGGUGAGGGAGUGUCCCCCAGGGCCCCCUCUCUUCUGUGUGAAGAUCCUGGCUCUGAACCUGAGCCGCUCCGAGUCCCUGUGCUCUCUGUCGGCCCUGCGCUGUGCCAAACACCAGCUGCAGGUGUCUGAGGGCCCCUGUGUCUGA